AAUGGUCAAAAGGCUUGAAUAUGUACUUUAACUGUUUUUUGUUUCAUGUUUUUGUUAAAGCUCAAUUUAACUUUAACUGUUAACCCAACCAACCAAUCCUCAUCAUAAUCAUUGGUAUUGAAUGUCUAGUUAACAGUGUUUUCACCAUCAUCAUGAUCAUCAUUUAGUGCUGUUUCUUCUCACCUCUUUACACCAAUUUUCCCUCUUCUUUUGUCUUUCUUUGCCUUUCCUCUUUCGUCUUUCAUCUUUCAUCUUCUGCUUUACUUUUGGUUUUAUGCUGAUGAAAAAUGACCAAAGAACCAUAAAUCUCGACUCAAUGGGUUUUAUAUACCAAUUUAACUAUGGUUAACACCAAGAAAAAACAACAUUUUAAACACACAAAUGUUGGAAGUAAAGUGAAAAAAGAUUUUGAAUCUUUACCAUCAUCAUUAUCAUCACAACACCAGUAUCGUUGAUCCAUUCACUGGCAUCUUCAACAUGAUAUAUUUACCGAACCCAGAGUUAUACUCAAGAUGAUCAUUCAAACAAGAAAAUGUUCCCUGUUAUCUCCUAAUUCCCGAUUUGAACACAUUUUUACUCUCGCUUUUUGUUGUUCCUUUACUCACUCAUUUUUGCUAUUCAAGUAUUGGUUUACUUGUAAGGUUGGAAAGAGGAUGAUGGCGAAAAGUUGGAGGAUAAAGGAGGAGGAGGUGGUGGUGGUGAUGGUGGUGUUGCUGCUGGAGAAUGGAGAAAGCAGUGGAAAAAAAUGAAUGGAGGAUGAAAAUGUAGAGGAAAAUAAUGCUCCAUAACAUUGGUUUAGUAGCCCUUGAAAUCCCAACUUGAAAUCUGGAUUGUUUGAUUGAUGGUAUUGAUUCUCGAGUGUAUUCUCAUUUUCUUCACCAUCUUCUUUCCCUGUGCCUUAACAAUCUUCUCUCUUCUGAUGAUAAUUCCUCAUGUAAUCGGUAAUCCUGUUGAUGAUGUUCAUCUUUCCCUUUCUCCAUUUUUUAGCUCUUCUGUUGCAGUUAACACUCAUUUUACUUGAUGUAACAUAUUUCAAAAAGUUUGGCUGCUUUUGGAGCAAUACAUUUAAACUGACAAAGUUAAGAUGAUUAACUUUAACAUUAACCAAGAAGGAUAACUGCAACAACAUUACCAUUAACCUUACCGAUUUACCUUUCACUCUCUCUCUCUCAGCCUAAAUUGUGAUUUCCCGUUUUAAUUAUUAACUCUAAUUAUCCUCAUGAAGUUGACUUAUUUAAUAGCAUUUGCUGGUAUUAAUCCUUGAAUCUUCCUCCUCUGUUAAAUAAUCAACUAUCAUCAUUAAAAUCAUUUCAUUUUCUCUCUCACAUUCGCAUCUGCAUAUAAGUUAAAGGGAAACUUGUUCCGAACCAUUUUUACCUUUGAACCUCCUUCACCUCUUUCAUUGUUAAUGCCUCUAAAUGGAGCUAUUAUCAGCUAAUUAGCUUGAUGAGAAUAAGUUAAGUGAUUUAACUUUACAACUUGAACAACAACAACAACAUGAACAAUUCCCUAUCGCGCUCAAGUUGAUUGAUAAAAAGGUUUGAUCACCAUUUAGACACAAUCCAGAGUGUUCACAAUUGCUUAGAGUAUGUCAAUCAAAACAACACGCAACAAUUAAUUUGGAUGAUUAGUUUAUAAUAAAAGGGAAAAGGUGAAAAUUUAGGUAAAAAUUGAAAGAGUAAAAUGAGCUAUUUUUAAGGUUAAUUUCUGUGUAAAAAAACCAUUUGGUUCAACGGUUUUAUUUUUACAGAUUUAAUUUGCGCUCCAAAUUUAAUUAUCCUCUUGAGAUGUAGAGGGAAACAAUCAGAUUGGUUGAGUUGCUUUUUAAGAGGGAAAAAGGUUUUACCAUAGCAAAUAGCUUCUUCACCUUAUGACUUGUAUUUGCUUUAUACUUUUGUUUAUGUCUCGAAAUUUGUUUUAUAUUUUUAAUACAGAAAUUUAAUUUGUCUCUUUUUUUACAAUUAACAAAUCGUCAAGAUUGUAAAUGUGUGUUUAAACAAUGUUGCAAAUGUCUGAAUUAUAAAUUGGCUGGCAAGUUGGAAGCAAACAGCGAUGAUUUUUCCGUUUCUUUCAUUUUAAAUCAUCUUUUACUUUGUCGACUCAUUAAUUGUCUUUUGCCUGUUGUGAUGUUGAUAUUAAGUGUUCAUCAUGAAGCAAACAAUUACUCGAGCCAAGUUCAUCUUAACCAUUCCUCUGUUCAUCAUCACCGGAGGCUGCUGCUUAUCUCUCUUUUUACACCAUAGUUGUGUCACCUUUUGAAAAAUGGAAAAAAAUUACAUCAAAAUGAAAUGGUUCAUAAGAUGAUUCGCUCCAAAUAGUCCGCUAUCAUCAUUACCUUAUGCUGCUUCCAUAAUCUUCAUGAGUCUUUUGUUUUCCUUAGCCUAAACUUUUCUAUGGAAAAUUAUUCAAUGUUAGACAAAUUCAGGUUCAUUUACCCAGAACCUUUGCUCAUCAGAUUUACAAGCAAUUUCAAUAAUAUCAUCUUAAAGUUGAUUUAACAAAGAUCUUUUCAUCUUCAUUAUCAUUUAUUGGUAUUAAUUUUCUGGACUCUUUUGGUUUGAUUUUGAAUACAUUGUUGAUUUUAAUGAGGUUAUUGGAUGAUUAAGAAUGAAAAUGUCAGUUGUAACCAAGGGUAAUGGAAAGACAUGCAAAAAGCAGAUUAUUUAGUUUGAUUUCGGAUUACAGUUGAACCUUUUUCUUCUGAUGGUGUUUCAUCAUUGAUCUAUCAUGGGAACAAAUCUGAUCUGUUACAGUAAAGAAGAAGGAAAGAAGAAAAAUCAAACUAAUCAUGUUUUUAAAUAUACCUUGAUCAGAUAUUUUCAUGUACAGAAAGCUUUGAUUGUCGACUAAAAGAACAAGGACCUGUAAAUGGAUUAUGGAUUGAUACAUUUGUGAAACCUUGUCUUCGGAAUAUUUGAAUUGUAAAUCAGAUUGUGCAACUUGGAUAAGUUUUUAUUCAUCUAAACUGGGCUGUAAAUAUAUACAUUUAACAACAAAAGAAAACGGAAAGGUUAAGCCGCUUCUUGAAUUGUAUUUGGUUAAAACAAAGUUGAACAAGAUUAUGGAGAAACCGGUAACUGUUUACUUGAUUGCACUUAAAUUUGAUAAAUUGAGAUAGCUGCCAUGGAGUUUGUGUACAUUUUAAAUUUAAUUAUUUUACUACUUGGAACCUUAAUUGUAUCAUCAUUUGAACCUGUUACUGCAAUAGCAUUAGCCAAUGGUGCAGGUGAAACGCCGACAUCUGAUAGAUUAUCAGAUAGGAAGCGAAGCCGCAAUAAUGCUGCACUUGCAGCUAUUAGUGAUCAACCCAUAAGUAAAGAAGAAAGUGGUACACCAGGUCGAACAAGAGGUGAAGCCAAAAUCAAGCAAAAAUUUGCCAUUGAACCAAUGGAUAAAUCGGCAAUCAUUGGUGACACGGUGUUGCUUCCAUGUAGAGUUUUACAUAAAGUCGGUCCUCUCCAAUGGACGCGAGAUGGUUUCGGUUUAGGUCCAGAUAGGAAAUUAGAAGGAUUCGCUCGCUAUGAGAUGAUUGGUAGUGAUGAAGAGGGCGAUUUUUCAUUACAAAUUAAAAGUGUCUCCUUGGAGGAUGACGCUACUUAUCAGUGCCAAGUAGGAGCAGCGGAUGGAGUUGGUGGUAUUCGCUCCCGAGAUGCUGCUCUAAUUGUCUUUGUUCCUCCCGAGCCUCCCAAAAUUGUUCAAGGAGAUUUCCUUCGGACAACUGCAGGAGUUACUGUAGAGUUAACCUGUGAAUCUCAUGGUGGUAAACCUGCAGCCGAGCUUACAUGGCUUGAUGGUGAUGGUAAUCCAGUUACCAGUGGAAUUACUCAUACAAAUCAAUUUUUAAGUGACGGUAAACGUGCCAAUUCAGCCUUAAAAUGGACUUUCAUCCCUGGCCGGGAACAUCAUGGUAAAGAAUUUACCUGUCGAGCUGAAAAUCCAGCUUUAAAUCAACCACAAAAAGCUCAUAUCCGGGUUGAGGUCAAGUAUAAGCCAGAGAUUCAGUUGACAUCGGAUAAAAUAUCUUACAUGGAAGGAGAUGAUGUAAGAUUGUCAUGUAAAGCACUAGCCAAUCCACCAGAUAUAAUAUUUAAAUGGUAUCGCAAUGGCGAAGUGGUAACAAGUGACUAUUCAAAUAAUCUGGUUAUACCCAGAGUAACCCGAGACAUGAAUGGUUUCCCAUUUACCUGUGAAGCCUCCAACUCAGUGGGCACCUCAAAGGAAACUUAUACCCUGAAUAUCCAUUAUGGACCAGUUUUCCGGAGUUCACUGGAAAAUGUUUACGCUGCUGUUGAAGGUGAAAAUGUGAAACUUAAAUGUGAACCUUUGGGUAAUCCUAAACCCGAGAUUAUGUGGCUUUACAAUGGGUCAAGCAAAGUUCUUAGUACCAACUCUGAGCUUGUUAUACCCUCUAUGAGUGAAGAUAAAGCAGGUCGUUAUGUUUGCCGUGCAUCCGUUCAAGGGUUUCCUGAAGUAUCAUCUUCAACCCACGUUUUUAUAAAAGGUCCACCGAAGAUUAUGAGCCCAUCAAUACAAUAUGCUGUUGAUGAUGAAACUGUUAAAGUUGAAUGCAUUGUACACUCCGUGCCAUUACAAAGUAAAGUUACCUGGAUCCACAAUUCACAGACUAUUGAUAUUGAUAAUGAUCAAGAUUUUGAGGUGAUCGAGGAAAACAAACCAUCCGAAUCAAUCACUCGAAAUGUAUUGAUAAUACAUAAAGUAAAAGAGGAAAACUUUGGCGAUUAUAACUGUUCAGUUUGGAAUGAAUAUGGACAAGAUUACAUGAUAAUCCGUCUUGAAAAGCAUAAGAGUUUUCCCAUGUUAAUCAUAGUGGCUACAAUUAUUGGUAGUAUUGUUGCUGUUGUUUCCGUUACAAUAAUUGUAAUACUUUGCAUGAAACGGAAAUCAAACUUGGAUGGUGAUGACUACCUGAGUGAUGUUAAGAAAGAGUCCAAUACUAGUAAAAUAGGAUCCAGUUUAACCAAUUCAAGUAAAACCUUGACCAAUGGGUCAACCAGUUUAACCAGUAACGGUACUUUAACCAAACAUCAUCAACAGCAACAAGGUUUAACUCAUCUUGGCCUGUCACCCUCUCAACAACAGCAACAUCUUCACAACCUUCAUCUUCACCAGUUGACACAACAAUCACAACAUGCACUUCAUCAUCAUGUUGUCGAUACCGGAUCAUCGGGUGCUGAUUCAGAUUUAAAGGUUGAAAUUCGAACAGCCUCAUCAUUAUCAGAGAGAGGUCAUUGGGAUGACCUUAAUGAACCUCCAUCAGUUGAUCCAACAAUCACAGCCAAUCAGAUACAACAAGUUGUCGACAAUAUUUACAAUUAUACUGCUCAACCUCUUUACUCACCUAGCAAGGACUCAUCAAAUAAUAACGGGUAUAUCCCAUCAUAUGUUGAUUACAACCGUGAAUAUCUUCCACCUCCGCCAUUAACCCAAGAAGAGUCUCAACAGCAAGAGGCUCAACAUCAUCAUUUACUUCAUCAACAGCAGCAACAACAACAGCCAAGCCCAGGAAGCUUAAUGUCAGUUUCCCAACAACAGCAACCUCAAUAUCAAAAUCAUCAUCAAAUUCAGCAACAGCAACAAUUGGCUGCCGCUGCUGCCGCUGUAGCUGCUCAAGGACAAUUGUAUAGCUCAGGAGCCUUAUUGAAUAACCGUGACUCUUACAUUGAUCCUAAUUAUGGUUCCCUUACAUUAGAUUCACGUUAUCGUUCCUCAUCCUACCUAACCUCACCAAACUCAUAUCUACGAACCACAUCAAACACUCCAGGUUCAAACAAUUUAGCAACUUUAACCCCCAAAAGUAGCCAGCCAUCUCCUAGUGCCCUUAGCUCCAUAUAUGGUACAAGCCAGCGUUAUAUAACUAGCCCAUCGUCCAAUCAGGUUAAACAAGGUACACUUGCUACUCACGUUUAACCCAAAGAUUAACUAAACAUAAGCAAACUUUAAUUUAACAAAGAAAUGAAAAGCAGCUUUGCGAUAAAAAGAUAUCAUUCUCAUCCAUAUCAUGCCAAUCUUGCUGUUUCUACUGAUGCUUCCCUCUCAAUAAAGCAUGAAGAAGAAGCUUCACUCAAGUUGUUCAUCAUCACACAUUAAAAAUCCUCACAUCAUUUCAAUUAUCAUCAUUGUUAUUGUCAUUUUCAUCAACAACAAAACUUCUGCUCAUAUUGUUCAUCACUCGCCUGUUAUCAAGUGAUACAUCUUUAUCCCUCUCCAACUCCCACAAUUUAAUCUGGCUCGUCUCAAAACAAAAAGUGUUAUUUAAAUGGAAAAAAGCGCAAAACAAUUGAUAAAUGAAAGCUACAAAUGAAUCCAAUCUAUUAAAUAUUAUCGAUAGAGAGAAAAGAGAAAAAUUUUUAAAUAUAAAUAUAACUGACAAGUGCUUAUGGAGACUUUUUCUCACACUCUUCAUCACUUUUUACAUCUUUCUACUUAUCUGUUAUUUCCUCGCCUCUUUAUCCUUUCAAUCCCAAUUUUUUGUCAUAAAAAUGAUCACUUUCACCCUUUCAGAUUUUCAUCUCUGUUUCUCUUCGUUAACUUGUUUCCCUCUCUCUCCUGUGUUAAACCAUCAAUAUUAUCAUCACUAUCAUUAGAUGGACCUUUCGUGAGAUUGAAAAGGUUUCCAAAAGCAACUGAACCUUUUCAAUUUCACCCAAUAAAAGUUAACUAUCUUUUAAUUUUUCCCUGUAAAUAUUUCUCGUGAUUAAGUUGAUUCCUUGAGUUUCAAUUAUCUUCAUCCUUCAACCUUUUCAUGUCCUCUUCAAAAUUCAUCUUCUGUUUUACCGGUCAAUCCAAGGCCAUUUGUAAAUCUUUUUUUUCUCUCAAAAUAAAGAGAAAUUUGUUCUUUUAAAA